AUGUUUGUUGCCUUCUAUUUCGAUAAUAUUUUUACGCAGUUAGACAAGAAAGGUGUAACUGAAACGAUCGUCGAUCUUUUAAGAAAGCAUCGGGGAUAUGAACUUUGGAUAACCGGACAUUCUUUGGGCGGAUCAUUGGCUGCAUUAGCCGCAGCAAAAUUGGUUCAUAUCAAAGCAAUCCCGCAAGAUAAAGUAAAAUUAGUGACUUUUGGGCAACCAAGAACAGGAGAUAGUGGAUUUGCGGCUGCAAUGGAUAGAGAGGUGAAAUUUCAGAAUUUUUGCUUUAUAAUUGGGGUUGUAAAAACAUGCAUACCGUAUUUACUCGAUUAA